AUGGGAUCUAACAACACUCCAGGCUGGCGAAGCCUCAACGUCGGUGUUAUUGGCGGUGGCAUCGGAGGCAUGUCUGUGGCCAUUGCCCUCCGUCGAUCAGGCCACACCGUUACAAUCUAUGAGAAGUCUGACUUUGCAGGAGAAGUGGGUGCUUCCGUAUCAUGCGCUGCCAACGGCACGCGGUGGCUGCAUGAGUGGAAAGUCGACGUCGCCAAGGGUGAUCCCGUCGUUCUCAAGAAAUUGAUAAACAGGGACUGGAAGACGGGUGAGCCGGUCAGCGUAUACGACUUGGAUGAUUACGAACAGAAAUGGGGAUAUGUGUAUAACAUGUUUCAUCGGCAGUACAUGCAUGCCAUGUUGAAGGAUAGUGCGUUGGAGGAACAAGGGGUAGGCAAGCCGGCGACACUGAUUGUUAACCACAAGUGUCAAAGUAUCGACGUCGAAAGUGGUACAGUUACAUUUGCGAAUGGAAACACCGCCCAGCACGACCUUAUCAUCGGCGCAGAUGGAAUCGGUUCAGCCGUCCGCGGCGCCAUCGGCAUCACGCCCGAGAAGCGGCCAUCAGAACAAAGCUGCCUGCACGCCAACGUUACUUCUGAACAGGCCGUCAAGCUCGGUCUAGUGGACUACUCCAAGGACAGCGCUCUCGAGUAUUGGGGUGGCCAGGAAGGAAAAUGGGACAAGAUUGUGCUGUCUCCUUGCAACGACGGCAAGCUCCUUUCCUAUUACUGCUUCUUCCCCCGCGAAAAAGGCGACUAUGCCAACCAGACCUGGGGAGGCGCCGAUCGCCCGGUCGAGGAGCUGCUGGAACCAUAUCCCGAGCUAGAUCGACAGGUAUUCAAACAUCUUGAAAUUGGGCAGGAGAUCCGCCCCUGGAGACUCUGGAUCCACGACCCGUAUCCCUACGUUCAAAAGGGAAGAGUUUGUCUGCUUGGAGAUGCCGGUCAUCCGAUGAUGCCGCAUCAAAGCCAGGGCGCCUGCAUGGCCAUUGAGGAUGCGGCUGCGUUGGGCAUCCUGUUUGACAAGCAACAUUUUGGAGGGAGCAUCGCCGAGGCUCUUGCCGUGUAUGAUGAUGUGAGACUGCCUAGAGUGACGAGGGUGCAAGCCGCUGCUGCCAAGGCGGCGUAUAACAUUAACGAGAGAAUUGGAUUCUCGGUGAACAAGUCUACUACGACGUACAAGGUGGAGGAUCCAAAGAAGAUUUUGACGAUUGAGGAGAUGAACGCGUAUGACAUGUAUAAGGAUAUUGAGGAGCAUCUUGCUAGGCGGAGGGGUGUGGUGUACACGGACAAGUUUAUUAAUGGGCUGCCGGUAGGGUUGGAGCUGCCGAGUGGUGUUGUUAUUGGGGCAUAG